AUGCGUCUUGGCUUCUACGGUGCGUUGGUAUACAUGGCUCAGAGCCUGCAAGUCAUCUCACUGUCUCAGGAGAGGACCAAAAGCUGCACAGUCGAAGAGAGAGGGCUGGAAAUUUACCCUUGCAAAAUCUCCAACGAUCCGUUGAUAUUCCGAACUGGGAAGAUUGACGACGCAAUUAUGAGCAUUAGGAUGGGUAUUCUGGCAUAUUCACUCUCCUGUGAAAAGACUUUUGCUGAGGGACGGCACACCAGUUUCAGGCUGGACAGUGGCGUAUUGGGCUCAGACUACGAUACCUUAUCUAUAUUUAGUUGCCUCCAUAGAUUUACUAAGUAG